AUGCAACGUGAAAUCGAUGAAUUGAAGAGGGAAUUGCGUCACGCAUGGCGAAGACAUUCGUCGCCUAACUCCGAGCUGUCCUCUGAGGAGACAGAUGGUGCUAGUUAUAGACGGAGAUCCAGAACUCCGUCCAGAGAGACUUUCUCCUACGACGAGGAAUAUCACCAUAGACGUAGAUAUAAGAGCCCGCCUCGUAGAGGCCUAGGGAACAAUGCCAUGAACAAGGCGUUGAGCCAGGUUUCUAAGUCACCCUUCAUGCGAAAUAUAGAAGAUCCAGUGGAACAUGUCAGUCAUUUCAAUCAAAGGGUGAUUGUUCAUUCUAAAGAUGAGGUUUUGAUGUGUAAGGUCUUUCCAUCUAGCUUGGGCCCAGUGGCGAUAAGGUGGUUCAAUGGUUUAAGGGCAAAUUCUAUUGAUUCCUUUAAGAAACUCACCCGGGCCUUUGGUGCUCACUUUAUCACUUGUAGCAGGGUUCCUCGGCCUUUGGGAUCCUUGUUAUCUAUGUCCAUGCUGGAGGGGGAAACUUUGAAGGCCUACUCAGAUAGAUACUGGAAGAUGUUUAAUGAAAUAGACGGAGACUAUGACGAUGUGGCCAUUAGUACUUUCAAGGCUGGUCUCCUAGCCGAGCAUGACCUAAGGAAGUCUCUGAUUGGUAAGCUUGUUACCAGUGUGCGCCAAUUUAUAGAUCGGAUUGAUAAGUACAAAAGGGUAGAGGAAGACCAAAUACAGGGGAAAGGAAAGGCUAAGGUAAUCCCUCAAGAGAGGAGGGAUUUCAAGUCGGACUGUUACAAUAAUAACCGACCUCGAAAAGAUUUUGUCAGGCAGACAGGAUCUGCCAACACCCAGGUGGUUAAUGUCGUGUUCCGAGAACCAGUACAACAAGUUCUAGAGAAGAUUAAAAACGAGCAGUUCUUUAAAUGGCCGAACAAAAUGGCAGAAGAUCUUAUGAGGCGCAACCAAAACCUUUACUGCCAAUAUCAUUAG